AUGACUCGGAAAACUGAAUUCUCUUUUCCACAGCAACUGCAAGGCCACGAUGGGGCCGGGACCUCCCUGCAGUCUGAGGCGGCGAUUCUUUGGGUAGAGAAUUUCGUCCGGGACGUCGAUGCCCGGCCACGCUACGCCCCAGCCAGCUUCCAUCCCACCGUCUUCAAGUUCAAGGAACUCGUCGAGAGCCGGCUGGAGCUGCGCAUGUGGGCUUCUGCCAUGUUCGAGGAGGUGCCCAACAAGAUCCCCUACAACCGCCGGCGCCCAGGUCAGCCGGCGCCGCGGAGCCCAGUUCGCGGCUACGAGCACCUCCUCGACCUGCUCAACGUCGUCGUACCCGAGGUCGCGCCAACCUGGACCCUCGCGUCCGCCGGCGUCGGUCUCAUGGGACUGCCCUUCCAGGCGCUCCUCGACUGGCCGAUGGGCACACCAAGCGGACACGCCUUCUUCCUCGACGCCGACGUCAACGCGAGUUUCCGGGAGAUGCUGCAGGCAUGGCACGACGACCUGCUCACGACGGAGAGAUCGAAGAGCGUCAUCACAACGCGCCCGGGGGGAUGGCUGAGCCGCGACGUCAUCGCUGUAUUUGAGCGCGACACCAACCUCGACCCCCGUCGGUGGUCCAGGUUCGACCAGAUCUACCACUGCGACCCGCACGGGGACCCGGAGCACUGGGGCUUCCGCUCCUGGGAUGAAUUCUUCACUCGACGGUUCCGCGACAUGGACCGGAUCCGGCCUAUUGCUUUUGAGGACUCCCCGGAGUGGGUAGUCGUGCCGUGCGAGGCCAAGGCGGCCGUCAUCCGGACCAAUGUCCAGGCGAUUGACCAGUUCUGGGUCAAGAACGCGCGCUACUCGGUUUACGAGAUGCUAAAUCAUCACGAGCUUACCGAGAACUUCAUCGGCGGUACCAUCUAUCAGUCGGUGCUGCUGCCCACCGCAUACCAUCGCUGGGCGUCGCCCGUGUCGGGCAAGGUCAUCUCCACGACCAUCUUAGCCGGCGCGUACUUUUCGGAGCGCUCGACCAACGGACUCGGCGACGAGCCCGUCACGCCGCCGCUUUACAACUUGGUGUUCCUCAGCCAUGUCGCGACGCGCGCCCUCGUUUUCAUCCAGGCCGACGAUCCCAUCGGCAUUGUGUGCUUCAUGGCCAUCGGCAUCGCGGACGUGUCUUCGUGCGAGAUCAACCCCAAGUUCACUACAGGCAAGCCAGAACAGGUUAGAAAGGGGGAGGAGCUGGGAAUGUUUCGGCACGGCGGCUCUAGCCAGUGUCUCUUGUUCCGCAAAGGACUGAGGCUGUCAUUCGCAGAGGGCGCGGCCCCAGGGGACCAGCAGCAGAACGUUGCAAUUCGGAGCGCCCUGGCUGUUGCACAUGCAUAG